AAGUUACGCGUUGCCAGGGAAACUGACGGCGCGGGAUUUGUAUGUCACUUCCUGGCUGAGUGGUAACGUGUCCUACCGGCGCUGCUGGAGCCGCAGAGUGAGCAGUGACAUCCCCGGACAUGGCGGAACUGGAGCCGGCGACCCUACACAACGAGACUGAGGCCGCUGCCAAUGGCACCGGGAAGUUGGGCAACUCCCCUGAAGGGACCGCUCUGGCCUAUGGCAGCCUGCUUCUUAUGGCCCUACUCCCCAUCUUUUUCGGGGCCCUAAGGAGCGUUAGUUGUGCCCGUGGCAAGAAUUCCUCCGACAUGCCAGAGACCAUAACGAGCAGAGACGCUGCACGCUUCCCCAUCAUUGCCAGCUGCACCCUCUUUGGCCUUUAUAUAUUCUUUAAGAUAUUUUCCCAGGAAUAUAUCAACCUCCUGCUCUCCAUGUACUUCUUUAUCCUUGGGGUGUUGGCUUUGGCACAUACCAUCAGUCCAGCAAUGAACAGAUUGUUGCCAGAAAACUUUCCCAACAGACCGUAUCAGUUGCUGUUCACACAGGGAUCCGGAGAAAGCAAGGAGGAGAUUGUAAAUUACGAGUUUGACAGCCGUGACCUCGUUUGUUUGGCUAUCAGUGGAGUAGUUGGUGUCUGGUACCUGCUGAAGAAGCACUGGAUCGCUAAUAAUCUCUUUGGCUUAUCGUUUGCCCUAAACGGGGUGGAGCUGCUCCAUCUAAAUAAUGUCAGUACUGGCUGCAUUCUACUGGGGGGGCUCUUCGUCUAUGACAUAUUCUGGGUUUUUGGGACAAACGUCAUGGUAACUGUAGCCAAAUCAUUUGAGGCUCCAAUAAAAUUGGUCUUCCCUCAGGACUUGCUGGAGAAGGGACUUGAGGCCAAUAACUUUGCCAUGUUGGGCCUCGGAGACAUAGUCAUUCCAGGCAUAUUCAUUGCAUUACUGCUCCGUUUUGACAUAAGUCUGAAGAAGAAUUCACGCACGUAUUUCUACACAAGUUUCCUUGCGUACGUGUUUGGUCUGGCCCUAACGAUCUUUGUCAUGCACACAUUCAAACACGCCCAGCCGGCACUCCUCUAUCUGGUCCCAGCAUGCAUUGGGUUCCCUUUGCUUGUGGCAUUGGUGAAAGGAGAAGUGACAGAGAUGUUCAGCUAUGAGUCCUCUGCGGAGCUCCUACCUCACACUCCUCGCCUUUCUCACUUUCCGGUUGUUUCUGGAUCUCCAGUUAGCCUAGCUGAAUCAAUGCAACAGAAACCUUGUUCUCCUCGCCGUAGGCGGCAGCUGAACCCCAGCUCCAUGUGACUGUCGUCCAUUUCAUCUGCAGCUGGACAGGUACGAGGAGCAGCCGAAAGAUGAAAGGAAUGAGAGUAAUGAAGAGCAGGAGAAGAAAGAGAACUGACCUCUAGCCUGUUACUUAAAAGGGAGAGGACUGAAACCGGUUGGACAGAAUGAAAUUUGUGCACAAUAUUGAGCUGCCCCCUUCCACCCCACCCCCUGCAAUGUAUGUGUGUGUGUGUAUAACCAGCUUGCACCCCCUCCUGCCCACUCUGGGUGUGCUUGCCACCGUUAUUGGGCCUGUAUUUUUAUAUUUUGUAUGGUGGAUUUGCUUUCUAUGGUAUUAAAACGUCAGUGAAGACUCA